CCGCGAUAUUGAGAGAGAGAGAGAUGUAGAAGGCUAUAGCGCUUUGCCUGAACUGGAACUGAGACCACACAGCACCACAUUUUUUUUAAGGAGUUAACGCCGUUAGCGCCCGCUCUAACGGUGACCAGCACCGCACAUCUCUCCCGUUUUCUCUCUCCGCGAUCUCGUCGGAGCUCUCCUCGUGUUUAUCGGAGCAAGGGAAGAGAGAGUGAGAGGAUGGUGGAAUCAAAGCUUUGGAGGUUAUUGCACGGCACAGAUACCUAGAUCUCUUCAUCAAUCUCUCUCCCUGCCUUGUGCCGUAAUCAAUUCCAAAUUUUUGAAAUUUUUUUCUCUGCCUCUCUCUGAGUUUAAAUUCUUUUUUCGCCAUUUCUCUCUCCGCAUCUCUUCGCUCACGGAAGCUUGGUUGGGUGGUGAUGUCGGUGGUAAUUUAACAGAUGUGCAUUCAAUUGCGGGAGCCAGAAACGGAACUUUCUGAUUGAGUUUUAAUUUUUUUCUCUUUUGGGGGUUUCUUGCUGCUGGGUUUUAUUAUGCCAUCAAAAAUGACAGACUUACAUGGUUGGUCUCGGUCCUCAUACUUUUCUGAGGAAGCAUGCUUGCCUAGUGAGAGACAAGUUGGGUUUUGGAAGGCAGAAACCAUGGCUGACCGCAAUGGUGGCAAAUCAAUUGCUUCUUCACCCAUGGAGAAACUUAUACCAACAGAAUCUCAGACGGUGAAUUGCUGGGAGCAAUCAGAGCCCUACCUAAUCCGGGACCAGAAAGUGAAUCUUAGCUCCGAAAGGCAUGCAGUGGGAGCAGAGAGAGUAGUCAGAAAUUCCUUGGAUAUGUGGAGAACUGUGGAACAUGAUCUAGGGACAAGAUCUAAUGCAAAUGUACAUUCAGCAUCCUAUUUUAUGGAAGGUGACAAAAUUAAUAUGACUGGUUCUCAGUAUGAGAAUGGUCUGUUCUCAAGCUCACUGUCAGAAUUAUUUAAUAGAAAGUUGAGAUUAUCAUCAAACAAUGGACUAUAUGGCCAUUCUGUUGAUACUGUUGCCCCUCAUCAUGAGGAAGAGGACCUUUUUGAAUCUCUUGAGGAAAUUGAGGCCCAAACCAUUGGAAACCUCCUCCCUAAUGAGGAUGACUUGCUUUCCGGAGUGGCUGAUGUGCUUGACUAUGUUGUCCAACCCAGUAAUGGAGAUGAUUUAGAAGAUAUAGACCUUUUUAGCAGUGUUGGAGGGAUGGAUUUAGGGGAUGAUGGGUCCUCUGCAGGACAAAGAAAUUCUGAAUAUCCUGGAGGAAUGUCUAAUGGUCAGCUAGGAGGAUCUAAUGGUUCAGCAGUUGGGGAACACCCUUAUGGUGAACAUCCUUCUAGGACACUGUUUGUGAGAAAUAUAAAUAGCAAUGUUGAAGAUUCUGAGUUACGGAUCCUUUUUGAGCAAUAUGGAGAUAUUCGUGCCCUUUAUACGGCCUGCAAGCAUCGUGGUUUUGUUAUGAUCUCAUAUUAUGAUAUAAGAGCAGCCCGAAAUGCAAUGAGAGCACUCCAGAACAAACCAUUGAGGCGUAGGAAGCUUGACAUUCAUUAUUCUAUUCCAAAGGACAACCCUCCAGAAAAGGAUGUUAAUCAGGGCACCCUUGUGGUCUUUAACCUAGAUCCUUCUGUAACAAAUGAUGAACUACUUCAGAUAUUUGGUGUUUAUGGAGAGAUUAAAGAGAUCCGUGAAACUCCACACAGAAGUCAUCACAAAUUUGUAGAGUUUUAUGAUAUAAGAGCUGCAGAAGCUGCUCUUCGUGCUUUGAAUAGAAGUGAUAUUGCUGGGAAACGGAUUAAACUUGAACCAAGCCGUCCUGGUGGUGCAAGACGUUUGAUGCAACAAUUUCCUUCUGAGCUGGAGGAAGAUGAAUCAGGUCUUUAUCUGCAACAGAAUAACACUCCUAACAAUUCAACAACAGGAUUCCCUGGACCAGCUUCACUUGGAGCAAUUACCUCUAGCAGCAUGGAGAAUGGAACAAUUAUGGGAGUACACUCUGGAAUCCCAUUUCCUAUUAGACCCUUCCUGGAAAAUGUGUCUCAUCAUGGGAUCUCUUCUAGUGUUCCGAACACCUUACCCUCUCUCUUGUCUGUCGAAUCAGUUGGCAGUCAAUCUGGUCUUGCUGAGUCCAGCCGCUCACAGGGCCAAUUGAAAUUUGAUUUUCGAGGCACACAAAGUUUGCACCCUCAUUCACUCCCAGAGUAUAAUGAUGGUUUAGCUAAUGGUGCUCCCUGCAAUCCUGUGGGCACCAUGGCUGCCAACAUCAAUCCCAGGCCAGAAAGAAUUGAGAAUAGGCAGUUGUCUGGAGCAAACUCGAAUGGCCUCACAGUUGAACUUAAUGAUGGUGUUUUUGGUUCUUCUGGAAAUGGAAGUUGUCCUCUUCCUGGACAUCAUUAUAUGUGGAGUAAUUCGCAUCACCCUCAGUCUCCAGGCAUGAUGUGGCCGAACUCACCAUCCUUUAUGAAUGGGAUUGGCACUGCUCAUCCUCCACCUAGAUUGCAUGGACUUCCUAGGGCACCAUCUCAUAUGCUGAAUACUAUGCUAUCUAUUAAUAACCACCAUGUGGGAUCAGCACCAACUGUUAAUCCUUCUAUCUGGGACAGGCGGCAUACCUAUGCUGGGGAAUCCUCUGAGGCUUCUGGGUUUCAUCCAGGUUCUCUUGGGAGUAUGAGAAUUUCCAAUAACUCACUGCAUCCUUUGGAAUUUGCUCCUCAUAAUAUCUUCCCUUCUGUUGGUGGGAACUGCAUAGAUCUUUCCAUUCCCCCUAAAAAUGUUGGACUGCACUCCCAUCAUCAGAGGUGCCUGAUGUUUCCUGGCAGAAGCCAACUGAUUCCUAUGAUGAGUUCCUUUGACCCUCCUAAUGAGCGUUCUAGAAGCCGUAGAAAUGACAACAGUUCCAAUCAGGUUGACAACAAGAAACAAUAUGAACUUGAUAUUGACCGCAUACUGCGAGGGGAGGACACCCGGACAACACUCAUGAUAAAGAACAUUCCCAACAAAUAUACUUCAAAGAUGCUUUUGGCUGCAAUUGAUGAACGCCACCGGGGGACUUACGAUUUCAUUUACCUACCCAUUGAUUUCAAGAACAAAUGCAAUGUAGGGUAUGCCUUUAUCAACAUGACCGAUCCUUGCCAGAUUAUUCCAUUCUAUCAGGCAUUCAAUGGAAAGAAAUGGGAGAAGUUCAAUAGCGAAAAGGUGGCAUCACUUGCAUAUGCCCGCAUACAGGGAAAGGCUGCUCUCAUUGCCCAUUUCCAGAACUCAAGCCUGAUGAAUGAGGAUAAGCGAUGUCGUCCCAUUCUCUUCCAUACUGAUGGUCCCAAUGCAGGUGAUCAGGUGCCUUUCCCAAUGGGAGUAAAUGUUCGAUCUAGACCUGGAAAAACUCGAACCAGCUCCAAUGAGGACAACCACCAAGGAAGUCCACCAAAUUUGACAACUGGGGAGGACUAUUCGAAUGGAGACUCAUCUUCAGGUUCAACAAAGGAUUCAGACUGAGCAAGCCAUUUUUUAUUGUGGGCACUAACCUUAUUAGAGGGACUGAGACCAAGUAAUUUGAAUUGUGUCCAACCCAAAUCCUAAUAACCGCAUAUUAGGGAUGGCUGACCAAAAAGAAGAAAAAAAAAAAAAAAGAACCACUUUUGAUGCCUCUGAAAAGCCUCUUACACAUUUAGAGUACAAAUGCUUAGACAAAAGCUAAGUGUUAUUCCAGUUUUUGUGGGGGUUUCUGUAAUACAGGGACGGUUAGAAAAAAGGAGCAACAGGUGGAGCUUCAAAAUUUUGGGUGGUCUGGAGAGUAUUAUUUAAAACUAUUACAUAUGUACAGGAGUCACUGAGCGCUGAAGAUAUAUUUUCGAAUAUGAUCCCAGGAGGCUUCUUCUCUGGUAUACCUUUCUUUCUCUCGCAUUUUCCUCAUCCGGGUUUUUUUGAUCUUUUUCACAUUGUUGGUUUUCUUGUUUGUGUGUGUAAUUGCUGAGACUGAGAGGUCUUUGAUGUGAAAAUUUUUUGUAAGUGAUGACCUGAGGGCACUUUGUACCAUUGUUAUUGAGGGAGAUGUCGGGUCCUUACUAUAUCAUGACUUUAUGACAUUUAUCUAAGGGUGGAUACUCUUUUUUUUCCUAAAUCGUCCUGAUGUACUGCUUGAUCUCAUAAUCUGACACCUCGUUCUCCACUCAA